GAACAGUCUCGAGGCCCUCAAAAUGAGUGCAUGUCUCCCUCCAUGCAUCUGCUCUCACUUUCCUCGGUGAACCGGUCCCUCAUCGCCAUAGUAAAAGCCCCUCGUCUGCAUGAUGCGACACAACCGACCCAAUCUAAACGGCCACGGCCCAGGGCAAAACGACACUACUUGAGCCGUCCUCCGACCGAUUCUCUCAAACAGCGACUCCAAAUCCGGGGCGAUGAUCUGACAUGGGAGAAUUGGGGGAAGUCGCAAGCGGUGGCCCGCUCGCAGAAUCCACGACUCCCCGUCCUCACCCACCAAUAUGUCCUGAAGGAGGACGAGGCCAGGCUGAAAACGAGUAUAUCGGAACUGCUGGACGAUCCGGACAAUUUGAGGGCUCGGCUCAGGAGGCUGGCACACAAAGGACUUGAUGAGAGUGACCUGGCGCACUGGGUCUGGAUCCUAGACGCCGAGGACUCGGACACCAAGAUUGACAGGUUUGUCGGAAAUGACCGGUUCAAGCCAAUCUUUGUCCUCAUGGCGAUACUUCGCUCCGACGAGCAUUUCCUCAAAGGCUCUUCAUUGGUCAAGUUGUACGACUACAUCGCUAGAACCUACUUUAGGCCGGACGUGAAAUUCCAGACCCGGAUAUUUCAAGGCGCACUCAGCCGUACAUUGGACGAUCCGUUCAACAUGACACCCACUCAUUUCAUGCUCCUGAUAGAGCGUCUAGUGGGACACUGCCUGGAUACAUUCCCCUCCUCCAUAGUCAUGAUCUCUCGGCUUGUGGUUGGUUACAUACAAACAUUGCUGGACGACACCGUGCCCAAGAAGGCCACCCGGCGUACUGCCUAUGGGGAUCGCUGCAUGGUCUUCAACUUCGCGCUGCAGACAUUCCGCCGGACGCCAGCGUCAUCGCCUGUGGCCCAUUCGCUUCACAGCUGGGAAGCCCAGAGAAUCUUGCUUGGCUUUUCAGCAGAACUCAAACGCCCGCUCAUCAUCGACAGAGGGAGCUACAGGGCGAUCCGGAUAGUGCUCUUGGGACUCAAGAAGACGCAAGCCGAAAAGAUGACGGCGGCCCGGCAUGUAAAGACCUGGCCGCCCUAUGUGAGGCACCUUGACGGACUUGAUGAGGCGAGGAGCGAAGAGGAGUACCUCGGCAGGAGCGUCAAGGCCGGCAUACUCAAGCGCUCAGAGGGGUACCCCGACGACCUCGUGGACAAGGCUCUUGAUACCCUUGGCGGUGCCGCGCCUGGACAAUCGGUGUCAAUUCAGCAGCGCUCGGGGUCUCCGCGGCUCUGGCCCUCCGACUUGAGUUCUCUUAAUGUUUUCACAGAGUGGGCUGCGGCGGUCAAGGCUACUCGGAAUGCACACGAAGCAUGGCAGAGAUUUCACGAGCCUCCUCAACAUGGUAUGAAACCAAAUUUCCAGGUCUACGCGGAAAUGUUCUCGAAGAUCUUCUCUGCAGAGAUCGAGUACAUGUCAUCCAUUCUCCCAGGCGAAGCCAAGGAGACAUACCCCGCCUGUGAGGUCAAUCUAACCGACUUCGAACGCGAGCGGUUGAGACCGUGUUCUCCAGAGGAGCUCUACGAGAAGAUGUUGCGAGACGGCAACAGACCAGCCCGCCACUGCCUCACCUUGCUGAUACGAAAUGCUCCAUCGCUGGAGAGAGCGGCUCAGUUCUUGAGCGAUGCCGCUCUGGACAGAAAAGCAGUGACGGAUCUCACCAAAGCACUCACGCCACUACACGAAAAUCUACAGCGGAUCCCCGUCGCCGCUUUUGACGCAUACCUUGGCCUGCUGUGUCGCCUUCAAUCCCGCCGGCGAUGGGUCGACGAUCCUGAACAUCGUCGACGACCCGAGGUUGUCAUGAAGCACGAGUGUGUCAACCGUGCAGUCAAGCUUCUUUGUGCCCGAAUGGGCCCAGGGCGAAAGCGUGCCGCACUUCCUUGGCAUACCGUCAUGAUGACCCUGGCCAACACCAAGCUUGUCCUACGGCCCUAUGUGACCCAAGUCGAGGACGACAUCCAGGCUCUGGGAAUGAUGAUGCAGCUUUUCAGGACCUACAGGGAGAGCCAGGCCCUUCACCCCAUUCCCUUCAACUGUCUGGCCCGCUGCAUCCUCAAAGUGCUUCGCCACAAAGGCCCCACUACGGACCUCAAAACCGCGCCCGGGAGAGAGGAGAUAGAAAGCGCGCUUGGGGUGCUCAAAUCCACCUUCGCAGAGCUCAUAGCACGUGUUCAGGCUCCCGAGGGUUCCCAGAUGAUGACCUCGGACCUGCCCACACUGUACCACGAGCUCAGUGCCGCGCACAUCCAGAUGUACCUGGAGGUGCUGAUGAGAGUUGGCGACGUGGACGAAGGCAGGCGCGUGGUCGAAUGGGCGCUCUCGUCGUGGGAAAUGGGCGAGGUUCUGCAGAACGCUCGCGAUCCGGGCCAUAAGCAGUGGGGCAUGCUCAUGCAGGCGUUCGCUUGCUUCCGGGCCUUCACGGACGAGACCUUUGACGUAGAGACGGCCAAGGCGAUGGAGAGACGAUUCCAGGAGCUGGUGGAGCGGGGUGGGACGUGGACGUGGCCCAGCGAGGAGGACGUGGAGCAGUAUAGAAAUUACAAGAACGUACAGGAUGAGAUGCUUUAGAGAGACAGAGAGAAAUGGUGUGGACACCGGCUUGUGUAAUUGGCCACAAGAACAACGAGAUACCCGAUCCUUAUGAGGUCUACAUUUUACAAUGAAGAUGAACGCUUCUCUC